UACUCACGUUCAUUUUUUCGUGAAAAAAAAAACACAACCCCCUAUCAUCCAACAUCCAUAAUCCAUAAAUGCCCGGAUUGUCGCAGACAUCCGGUCUCCCUAACCGGGUUACUAGCACCAGAACGAGACUACCCUGCGCUGCAAAAAUUGGUUUGGUGCCCCCCAGAAGCAGACUAUG